GGGAAUAUUAAAUACCCGGCGAGAACCUAACUUCAUCAGACAAACGCUCCCUCGGCCUCAAUGCGGCCUCAAUGCGGCCUGUGCCGCCCUCGGGGGCUCGGGGUGUGUGCCAGCAUGUGGAGCCAGCCCUGCAGAGCAAACAGGGCCCGGACACAGCUGGGGGACAGCCUGGGAGAUGUCUGGAGAGAGAGCAGCCUAAAAAUGGCCCUCGGUGAGCCAGCAACUCGCUCUGCUCCAUGCCUGAGCAUGGCUCUUCAGGGAGCAGUGCCGCUGCUGUCCUGCUGUCACACAGACCCUGAGCUCGUGCUGGGUUUGCGCUCGUUAGGAAAGGAGACCCAGCCAGUGCCCAACCCCAUCGCCUACUUCAUGCACCGCUCACCAGGCUGGUUUCAUCAGUUUGAGACCCUCUUCAACCACUUCAUCGAGCUGGUGGUGCCCUUUUUCAUCUUCAUGGGACGAAGGAUGUGCAUGGUGCACGGCGUUCUGCAGAUCCUUUUCCAGGUGCUGCUGAUCAUCAGUGGGAACCUGAGCUUUCUCAACUGGCUGACCAUUGUGCCCAGCAUCGCCUGCUUCGAUGACCGCAGCCUGGCAUUCCUGUUCAGCCCCGGGCGUGGGGGGGUGAAGGAGCGUGUGCUGCAGCUGCAGGGCAGCAGUGAGCAACCCCCCGCAGGGCUAGGAUGCCACAUCCGCAGGGUGGUGAACAUCUCCUUUGGGCUCCUGAUUGCCUACCUCAGCGUGCCUGUCGUCAUCAACCUGCUCAGCUCCAGACAGGUUAUGAAUACAUCCUUCAACCCCCUCAGGAUAGUCAACACCUAUGGAGCUUUUGGAAGCAUCACCAAGGAGAGAACCGAAGUCAUCCUUCAGGGAACGUCCAGCCCAGACCCCAACGACCCCGCUGCUCUCUGGCAGGAGUUUGAUUUCAAGUGCAAACCUGGGGACCUGUGGCGACGGCCGUGCUUCAUCUCACCCUACCAUUACCGCCUGGACUGGCUGAUGUGGUUUGCGGCCUUCCAGACCUAUGAGCAGAAUGAGUGGAUCAUCCAUCUGGCUGGGAAGCUGCUGGCUCAGGAGGAGGAGGCCCUGUCCUUGAUAGCAACAAACCCAUUUGCGGACAGGGAUCCCCCACGGUGGAUCCGAGGGGAACAUUACAAGUACAAAUUCAGCCGGCCUGGAGGAGCGCAUGCUGCAGAAGGCAAAUGGUGGAUUCGGAAGAGGAUCGGCCCCUACUUCCCCCCUGUCAACCUCCAGGGCCUGAGGAAGUUUUAUGAAGACAGAAAUUGGCCGUACCCGGUGCGGGACUGAUGGAGGGAAGUGAGACAGGUCCAGAGUGACCAGCUGGGAGAGCCGUCAACUCCCUUAUAAAUCACACUUCUUCCCUAUCUCUGUAUUUUUUUUACAUAUCCUUGUUUACACAUAUUUUACAGGAGGUUUCCAGACAACCUAUCCACCUGCUGCUGUGGUCUGGUUUUUCUCAUCUUUCUCUUCCUUUCUGUUUGUCUUUCUCCUCGUGGCCUUGCCUGAUGAUUGAUUUCUUUUGUCAGGCUGCUCCAUUAGAAAAUCAUCAGCUCUAGAGUCAGGAAAAAGAUGAACAAAUACUAAGUCAAGUUAAUAGUCCAAUUUGACACAUUUCAGAUUUGCAACAAGCAUUUGUGAAGUGGAUUUUAAUACUUCUGCUGAUGCUGGAAUUUCACUUUAUUGCCAGACAGACCCAAAAUGGACAAAAAUUAUCAAAUGUAUGUUAGGGGGAAAGGUUAGGUAAAAGUAAAGCCUCCCUCCCCUUUCUCAGUGCUGUCUACUUUACAAAAAGCUCUCAGGGCCACACUCAAGACUCAUACAGAUGUAAAUCUGUGCAUUUUAAGACACUUCUUGCACUGAUGGGGAUUUCAGUGUGAAUGUAGACAGUAAAGCAGCUAGAGGAGCAGUUCCCUUUACAGUGCACCUCGCUUAGAGGAAGCACUGGGCUAGCACAGGGCACUUCACCAUCGCAUCCUCCCUCAUCCUACCCUGUCCCCAUCCCUGUCCCAUCCUAAUCCAUGUUCAUUCUCAUCCCAUCUGAAAAUAUCCUAUCCCUUUCCCAUCCCAUUUCAAACCAUCCAGUCACAGUUUCCACACGUGCUGUUGGCACAGAGCUCACACCAGCCUCAGGCAAUUCACUGAGCCAUUAAAGCUGCUUUCUUCCAGA